AUGGGAAACGCGUUGGGUUCGCGGAAGAAGCUGCCCAAGGAGGAUUUGGACUUCUUGAUGAGCAACACGCAUUUUACAAAGAAACAAAUUAAGCAGUGGUACAACGGAUUCAUUAGAGACUGUCCCUCUGGUCAGUUGAGCAAGAAGAAAUUCAUCGAGGUCUACUCGGGAUUCUUUCCAGAUGGCAACGCAGAGGAGUUUUGCACUCACGUGUUUCGCACCUUCGACAAGGACAACUCCGGCAAAAUUGACUUCAAGGAGUUCCUUUUGGCCAUCAACAUCACCUCUGGUGGCCGACCGAAAGAAAAAUUGGAGUGGGCCUAUCAAAUGUAUGACAUUGACGGAAACGGCACCAUCGAGCGCAGUGAGAUGGUUGAGAUUAUCCGAGUGAGUCGUCUCUCCUACUUACGCCUCCUCCUCCUCCUCCUCCUCCACCUCAUCACCUCACAUCUCUCCCUUCCUCCCGAACUCACUCGUUCACUCACUGCAAAGGCCAUCUACUCUAUGCUGGGCGCCGACGGCUCGUCAGCUGAGUUGAGUCCCGAGGCGCGCACGGAGGAGAUUUUCGACAAAAUGGAUGAAAAUCGAGACGGUGUGCUCACUCGUGACGAAUUCAUGAACGGCUGUCUCUCGGACCAAUACCUCCUCUCCAUGCUGCUUGCUGAUGAACCUGUGGAAUGA